UUUUUAUUUCCUUAUUUAUAUUUAUAUUCCCUGAAGCUGUGUAUCACUAUCAGAGCUUGCUGGUUUCAUUUUGGCUUCACUAGAGUUACAAUCCUUCUUUCCCCUUUCUCGAAAGCCAUGGGUAGUGAAAAUGACAAGGAUAAAGGCCUAUUCCUGAAUCAACAUGGUUAUCCUUCAUAUCCUUAUCCUCCUCCACCUGCUGUAUCAUAUCCAGCAGCACAAUAUCUGCCUCCGGGCAGCCAUCCACCACCUUCCUACCCGGCAAACGGAUAUCCUCCGGCCGAUUAUCUUCCGGUAGGUCAGUAUCCACUUGCCUAUUAUCCUCCUUCCGAAUAUCUAUUGGCUUAUCCUGCCUCAUGUUGCUAUCCAACUCCAUACCCUGCAGCAUGUGGUCGUGGUAGGAGAGCGUGUGGUCAUGGCACCGGAGCCUUACUAGCAGGGGGAGCCGCGGCCGCCAUGGCUGCCGCAUAUGGUGCUCAUUAUCUAUUUCAUGGUGGUCACCAUAUUUUCCAUCAUGGAAUGUUUUGUUAGAGAGGUAAAUUUGGCAAUCAUGAGAUUUGGCAAAACUUGGAAAGAUAUGGAAGUGAUACAACUGCCAGCAUAAAUAUUUAGUAAACUUAGUAAAGAUGGUUUGAAUUCUUGUAUUGUGAGUUAUUUGCUAUCAACAACAUAUGCUUUUUCUUUGUGUGUGUGUGUGUGUAUUUUACAGGUUUGCAACUAGUUGUUUUGCUCUAUUUAAUUAGUUUAUCAAUUGGAUUUUCCCCUUC